AUGUCUACAAUACAACGACAGCUAGCUACUUCUAUUUCUACACUUUUACCAGUUCAGACAUAUCUAGAUAAAGACAACUGCAAUAAUAAUAAACUCACUAAUAUUAGAGAUAAAGAAUCGUCUAAUGAAAGUAAUGAAUCGUUAGAGGUUCAAGAGGGUAAUAUAAUAUCUGAAGAAUCAUCUAAUGAAACUGAUGACCUAGUUGAAUCAUUGGAUGUUCAAGACGGUAGUAUAAUGUCUGAAGAAUCAUCUAAUGAAACUGUUGAUCUAGUUGAAUUAUUGGAUGUUCAAGACGGUAGUAUGAUGUCUGAAGAAUCGUUUAAUGAAACUGAUAAUCUAGUUGAAUUGUUGGAUAUUCAAGAGGGUAAUAUGAUAUUCGAAGAAUCGUCUAACGAAAGUGAUGAUUUAA